AUGUCUGAAAAGUUUGUGCAACUAGUCAUCCCAAGGUUUGAUGGCCACUAUGAUUUCUGGGCCAUGACCAUGGAAAACUUUCUACGAAGCAAAGAAUUAUGGCCGCUUGUGAAGAACUACUUGUUUCAAGCUAUUGAUAGGGAAAUUCUUGAAACUAUAUUGGACAAGAGCACGUCACAGGCCAUAUGGCAGUCCAUGCAACAAAAAUAUCAGAGAUCCACAAGAGUCAAGCGCGCUCAGCUUCAAGCAUUGAGUCGUGAAUUUGAGUUACUGGGAAUGAAAGAGGGUGAGAAAGUGGACACCUAUCUAGGACGUACGCUCAGCAUUGUUAAUAAGAUGAAAUCCAAUGGUGAAGUGAUAAACACAAGCAUGGUGGUUAGCAAAAUUCUCAGAUCAUUAACUCCAAAGUUUAACUACGUUGUGUGUUCAAUUGAGGAAUCCAAUGAUUUGAGUAUCCUUAACCUUGAUAAACUUCAUGGCAGCCUACUUAUUUAUGAACAAAGGAUGCAAGACUGUCAACCCAAUGAGCAGGUGCUGAAAAUCGUUCAUGAUGAUAGAUCAGCAGCUGGUCGAGGCCGCGGCAGAAGUGGUCGUGGAUGUGGACGACACACGUUGAAUAAAGCACUCAUUGAGUGCUUUCACUAUCACAAGUUAGGUCAUUAUCAAUAUGAGUGUCCUGAGUUGGAGAAAAAGGCUCAUUAUGCAUCAUUUGAAGAAGCAGCAGAGGCAGAGGAAGGAUUUUUGCUAGUUGCAUAUGAGGAAACACAAACUGUACAGAAGGAGGAUUGGUUCCUAGACUCCGGUUGCAGCAAUCACAUGACCGGAAAUAAGCUGUGGUUCACAGAAAUACAAAAAGAAGGAAUUAAUCGAAUGGUCAAACUUGGCAAUGAUUUAACUUUGGCUGUCACUAUAAAAGGGAGUGUUUGA